AUUUGAAGAAUUGCAUGCUCUAUCUUAAUAAAUAUCCUGAGGGCUACAAAAUCAGCAAGGAUGCUUUGGUGAAGGCAUGGGUGGCUGAAGGUUUUAUCAAUGUAACAAAGGACCUUGGCAUGGAGAAAGUUGCAGCAAGAUAUUUCGACGAACUUAUUGGUAGAAGAUUCAUCCAACCUAUUGAAAUCAACUACAAUGAUGAGGUGUCAUCCUGUACAGUUCAUGACUUGGUACGCGAUCUAAUUGCACAAAAGUCUGCAGAUGAGAAUUUCAUAGUGAUAAUAGAUGGUUAUCGAAAGAAUGUGGGGCUCAUUGAUAAGGUUCGACGACUUUCUGUUCAGUUUUUCUAUUCGAAAUAUACAAAGGUGCCAUCAAAUAUCAAAAGAUCACAAGUUCGUUCACUUACCUUUUUUGGACUGUUAAGGUGUAUGCCUUCUAUUACAGACUUUAAGCUUAUUCGUGUUUUAAACCUUCAAUUAGUUGGUCAUCUCGGUGAGAACACAUUAGACCUCACUGGGAUUUCUGUACUGUUUCAACUGAAAUAUUUGAAGAUUGUGUGCGAUAUCUGCAUUGAACUACCAAACCAAAUGCGAGGGCUACAACUCUUGGAAACAAUGGACAUGAAAACGAAACUCACUGCUGUUCCAUGGGAUGUUUUCCAUCUGCCAGGCUUGCUGCAUCUCUAUCUUCUCUUAGAGCCAAAUCUGCUGGACUGGAUUGGACAGAUGAAAUCUACCAUUACACUGGAUGCGAGCAGUAACUCAUCACAGGGCAAUCUGAACAACCUGCAGGAUAUUUGUCUCAGCUGUUGUGCAUUGCCUUCUGAACAUCUACAAAGAAACAUGGAAACACUGGGAUCUUUACUUGGGGCAGUCAGCAAUCUGAAAACACUCUCUAUAGUUUCUAGCAGUAAUCAAAAUGUUGAUAUGGUUUCCGGAACCUCAGAUGCAACUGUUGCUUGGGAUUUCUUGACACCUCCUCGUUUUCUGCAGAGAUUUGAGUGGCUUCUACAUGAUUGCAUCUUCUCCAAAAUUCCCGAAUGGAUUGGAGAACUUGACAACCUCUGCAUUUUAAAUAUUGCAGUAAGGGAACUUGUCAAGAAUGGCAUUAAUAUUCUCAGGGGAUUGCCUGCCCUCACUUCUCUGUCAUUGAAUGUGCAUACAACGUCCAUUGAAAAGGUCAUCUUUGACAAGGGGGGAUUCUCAGUUCUAAAGUACUUGGAGUUCAGAUGCAGUGCACCUUGGCUGAAAUUUGAGUCGGAUGCAUUGCCUAAUCUCAGGAAGCUCAAGUUAGUCUUUAAUUCCCUCUUUGAAAAUAUACAUGGCACUGCACCCAUCAGCAUCGAACACUUGUCAUGCCUCGAGGAGAUCUCUGCAAAAAUUAGGGGUGGGGGCAAUGUAGAGUUUCCAUUAACAUCUGCUAUUAGCAAUCAUCCAGGCAACCCUAGAAUCAAUUUUCAGUUGGUGGAUGGGGUUUUUUACGGCGAUGAAGACGAAGAACAUGCAACUCCAACUAUGGGAUUGGAAGUUCCUCACAACGGCACGUGA